AUCCUUUACUAUCAAUGCAACAAAAAGUACUUUUUAUUACAUUGAUAGUAUAUAGUACUUGUAUUCAUAAUGUAGUCUUGCAUAUACCUACUGCACUUGCAUUAUCCAAAUAUGAGAUUAGUACACUGGUCCAAGUUUGACCUUGAAUUCAUGUUAUCUUGUGAUGUAACGAACACAUUUUAGGUCAGAUAGAUAACGUUUAUGCACAUUAGAGUUUUAUACCGUAAUUCUAAUAGGUACUACCAAAUAUGCCGUUUGAUUUCUCUGGAAAAAAAGUGUUAGUGACAGGCGCAACGCGCGGCAUUGGUCGUCUGCUUACGAAGUGUUUAUCGUCUGCUGGGGCGGAAGUGUAUGGCCUAGGAAGUAAUCGACAUUUUCUGGAUACCUUGAAAGAGGAAUGCAAAAAUGUACACACUGUCCAUGUCGAUUUAGCUGACUGGGACGCUACCCGAAAAACAUUAGAACAACUUCCGGCGAUGAACGGCCUUGUAAACAACGCUGGUGUAUCGUUCGACUGGGUGCCUUCACUUGAAGCGGGCAAGGACGUCAUUGAUAAAACGUUCGCCGUUAAUGUCAUGGCAGCUGUGAACGUAACGCAAGUAGUUGGAAAGAAGAUGGAAGCAACUGGAAAAGGAGGGUCAAUCGUGAAUGUAUCAAGUAUCAAUGGACUUAACCCGAUGCGUGAAUGUAUGGCGUACAAUAUGUCAAAGGCCGCAUUAGACAUGAUGACAAAACAAUUCGCUCUGGAGCUUGGACCUCACAAGAUAAGGGUGAACUCAGUCAAUCCGACAGUCGCUCUGACUGACAUGGGAAAAGAAUUCUGGAGUGAACCGGUAAAAGCCGGUAAAUUAAAGGGACAUACGCCACUGGGAAGGUUUGCCGAGGUACAAGAAUGUGUGGACCCCAUUAUGUACCUACUGAGUGAUCAUUCAAGUAUGGUCACAGGUACUAUGAACCCAAUAGAAGGGGGACUUUUGUCUAAUAUUUCAGUGUAAUUGUGAUUAUAACCGAAUAGAAGGCGGACUUUUAUGUUAUAUUUCAGUGUAAUUGUGAUUAAAAUCCAACAGAACGAUGGUGGACCUUUUUGCUAAUAUAUCAGUGUUGUGAUUAGAAUCCAAUAGAAGGCGGACAUUUAUGUAAUGUUUCAGUGUAAUUGUGAUUAAGACUCAGUAGAAUGGUGGCGGACUUUUGUCUAAAAUAUCUGUGUUAUUGUGAUUAGAAUCCAAUAGAAGGCGGACUUUAAUGUAAUAGUUCCGUGUAAUUGUGAUUAGAAUCCAUUAGAAUGCGGACUUUUAUGUAAUAUUUCGGUGUAAUUGUGAUUAAAAUCCAAUAGAACGAUA